AGAACACAUUUACUAUAAAACAUCUAACUUAUGUUUAUGUAUAAAUUAUAUUUAAAUGUGUGUUUCAUAGUAUUGUUAAAUAUAUUUUUUCCCGACAUUCAUUAUCUAAUGUACAGUAAGUGACAUAUUUCCAUCCUAUCAUUGUGGCUUCAGGAUUAAGGUUUAAUUACAUUGCGGUUUUUGUUUUUAUUUUAUUUAUUUAUUUUUUUUAUUUUUUUACACAAAAUACAUACAUACGUAAAAGGUAACCUAAUGAAUAUGUUUGGUUUUGUUUUGUUUUAUGUACACAUAUGUAAAAGAUUAUGCACCAGUAAUGUAACAAACAUUAAGGAGUUUUUCCCAUGGCAUUUUGUUUGCUUUCAAUUUCUCGAUCCCUGUGUAAAUUAACACACCUAUCACUUAAGCCAUUGUCACAAGACCGGUUAUGGGCGGAAUGAGGGAGGUUCCCAAGUCCGGGAGCUGACUGCGGAAAGGUUGUAGAAACUUUUUGGGAGUUCCCUCCUACUGUAAACAGCAUCACUGUAACCUGGAGUGAAAUGGAAGCCAAUUGACCAGGAAGCCUUCCCAUUCAAACUAAAAAGGAAGACGCUUGUACCAGCAUAGUUCAAAAUCUGGAUUUUAGGACAUUACACGGAUAAUUAUAUGUUCUACAGCCCUACAACCCGUUGCCAUGGCUCUGGCGGAGUUGUACACCAAGUUCAACAGAGUGUGGAUCCCUGAUCCAGAAGAUGUCUGGAAAUCGGCUGAGAUCACCAAAGAUUACAAACCAGAGGAAAAUGUGCUUGACCUGCUAUUGGAGGAUGGCACAGAAUUAAAAUACCCCCUUGAUUCAGUUACCAAGGACCUGCCCCAUCUGCGUAACCCUGACAUCCUUGUUGGUGAAAAUGACCUCACUGCUCUCAGUUACCUCCAUGAGCCUGCGGUCCUGCAUAACCUCAAAGUGCGCUUUGUGGAAUCCAAGAUUAUCUACACCUACUGUGGUAUUAUACUUGUGGCCAUUAAUCCGUACAAGCAACUGCCUAUCUAUGGAGAUGCCAUCAUACAUGCAUACAGUGGCCAAAAUAUGGGAGAUAUGGACCCUCACAUAUUUGCUGUAGCAGAGGAGGCAUACAAACAGAUGGCUAGGAACAAUAAGAACCAGUCUAUUAUAGUAAGUGGGGAAUCAGGAGCUGGAAAGACCGUGUCUGCUCGCUAUGCCAUGAGAUACUUUGCCACUGUUAGUAAAUCUGGCAGUAAGACGCACGUGGAAGAUAAAGUCCUGGCAUCAAACCCAAUAACAGAGGCUAUCGGCAAUGCUAAAACAACAAGAAAUGAUAAUAGUAGUCGAUUUGGAAAAUACACUGAAAUCAGUUUUGACCGACGCUAUCAGAUCAUCGGAGCAAACAUGAGAACGUAUCUGCUGGAAAAAUCAAGGGUCGUUUUCCAGUCAGAGAAUGAGAGAAACUACCAUAUAUUCUACCAGCUCUGUGCCUCUGCAAACCAACCAGAGUUCAAGAAUUUGAAGCUGGUUAGUGCUGAUGAAUUUAGAUAUACCUGCAUGGGUGGCAAAAUGUGCAUUGAUGGAGUGGAUGACAGAGCUGACAUGAUUGAAACCCAGAGGACUUUCUCUCUACUAGGUUUAAAAGAGGACUUUCAGAUGGACGUGUUUAAGGUACUGGCAGCAGUCCUGCAUUUAGGCAAUGUAGAAAUCAAAGGCAUCAGUGACGACAGGUCUUCUGUCAAUUUGAGUGACAAACACCUGGCUGUGUUCUGUGGUCUACUCAACAUCAGCCCUGAUGGAGUGUCCCGCUGGCUGUGCAAUCGGAAAAUCAUCACGGCCUCUGAGACUGUGGUGAAACCCAUGCCAAAGCUGCGAGCCAUCAAUGCCAGGGAUGCCCUGGCCAAACAGAUCUAUGCCCACCUGUUCAACUGCAUCAUUGACAGAAUCAACAAGAGUCUUCAGUUUCCUGGGAAGAAGCAUACCUUUAUUGGAGUUUUGGACAUUUACGGGUUUGAAACAUUUGAAACCAACAGUUUUGAGCAGUUUUGCAUUAACUAUGCCAAUGAAAAAUUGCAACAGCAGUUUAACCUGCAUGUGUUUAAACUGGAACAAGAAGAAUACAUGAAGGAGGACAUUCCCUGGAUGCUGAUUGAUUUCUAUGACAACCAGCCUGUCAUUGACCUCAUUGAAGCUAAGAUGGGUAUCUUGGAUUUGUUAGAUGAAGAAUGCCUGUUUCCACAGGGCAAAGAUGAGAACUGGCUUCAGAAGCUGUAUAACAAUUAUCUGAACAAGAACCCUCUGUUUGAGAAGCCAAGGAUGUCAAACCAGUCAUUUGUAAUCCAGCACUUUGCUGAUAAGGUAGAAUACAGAUGCCACGGAUUUCUGGAGAAGAACAGAGAUUCAAUGUAUGAAGAGCUGAUUAACAUACUGAAGGCCAGUAAGUUUGAUCUCCUUGCCAACUUCUUUCAAGAGGAAGAACCAACUUUUCCCUUCAGUAAAAGCAUUAACUUCAAAGCUGCCACACCUGGAAUAAAGCCCUCAAACAAACAGCUCCGGACGACUGUUGGCAACAAGUUCCGCAGCUCUCUGUACUUGUUAAUGGAGACUCUGAAUGCCACAACGCCUCACUAUGUACGAUGCAUAAAACCGAAUGAUGAAAAACUCCCAUUCGAAUAUGAUUCAAAGAGGGUCGUACAGCAGUUGCGAGCCUGUGGGGUUCUUGAAACCAUUCGUAUUAGUGCUCAAAGCUAUCCAUCAAGGUGGACGUAUACUGAGUUUUACAGUCGCUACAGCAUUCUAAUGACACAGCAAGAGGUUACGCUGAAUGAUAAGAAACAGACUUGCAAGACAGUGCUGCAGAGGUUAAUUCAUGAUUCGAACCAGUACAAGUUCGGCAGAACGAAGAUCUUUUUCCGAGCAGGUCAGGUGGCGUACCUGGAGAAGCUGCGAUCAGACCGGCUGCGAGGAGCCUGCAUCACGAUCCAGAAGAACCUCCGCGGCUGGACCCAGCGCAAGAAGUACCUCCGCAUGAGAGAGGCCGCCAUCAUCAUCCAGCAGUAUGUGCGAGGCAAGCGGGCAAUACGGCAAACAGUGAGUGCUGCUACCCUGAAACAGGGUUGGGCAGCCAUCGUUAUCCAGAAGCACUGCCGGGGCUUCCUGGUACGCCGGGUCUGGCAGCUUAUUCAGGUUGCCACGGUGACCAUCCAGGCCUUUGCUCGGGGGUGGCUUGCGCGAAUACGAUUCAAGAAGAUUCUUCAAGAACACAAGGCUACAAUCCUGCAGAAGCAUACGCGAGCCUGGCUAGCCAGACGCAGGUUUCAGAGCAUUCGGAGAGUGGUGCUGAAUGUGCAGCUCUCUUACAGAGUGCAGCGACUGCAGAAGAAACUGGAGGACCAGAACAAAGAGAACCACGGGUUACUGGAGAGGCUGACAGGACUGGCCAGCGCUCACUCCCACGAUGUAGACAAGCUGCAGAAACUGGAAGCCACUCUUAAGAAAUCCACGGCGCAGAAGAUGAUGUUUGAGGAAGACUUGAAGAAACAUAAGGAGGAAACCAAACAGGUUAUAACCCAGCUACAAACCCACAAUGCCAUCCUUACUGAAGAGAAGCUGAAACUGGAGAAAAAACUUCAAGAGAAGACUCAGGAAAUGAAAGAUAAUGUAGAUGACAUCAGGAAAAAACUCUUCGAGGAUCUGGCAGGAGUGGAACGGGAAAGAAAAAUCCUGGAGAAUGGCUUUGAGAUUCAAAAGGACGACUAUGAGAAGCAGAUAGAAGCCCUGAAAGAGGAGAUGAAGUGUCUGAGAGAGGAGAAGAUUCAGCUGCAGCAGCAGGUCCAAGAAGAGUUUCUCAUUAAUGACGGACUCAAGCAGGACAUCGCCCAGCUCACAAACCAGGCCAAGGUAAUCCCAGACCUGCGGAAAGAGAUUGUGGUUCUGGAGACACAGAAAAAAGAGCAGGACAAGCAGUUCAAGGAACAAAUGCAGGAAACCAGAGCGAAAAUGUCAGAGGUGACAAGGCAGCUUCUUAGAGGACUGAACGAGGAAGAGCUGCUUUGCAGGUUAUCAAAAGAGGAUAUGGAACAAAUCAAUGAAGACGGAGAGCUACUGUUUGCUUAUGAAGGUCUGAAGAAAGCUAUCAGGGUGAUGGAGAACCAUUUCCAAGCACAGAAAGAGAGCUACGAAAAAGAAAUCGAGAGCCUAAACUACAAGGCCGAGCAUCUCCAGCAUGAGACAGAUCAUUUGCAAAAACUGUUCAGAGAAGAGAACAACAUGAACGACAACAUCCGCCAGGAGGUCAAGCGGCUGGCCUCUGAAAACAUGGCAAUUCCGCAGUAUAAACAGCAAAUAUCCGAACUACAGAGGAAAAACCAAGAGCUGGACAACCGCUUGAAGGACCAGGCUAUAGAACUGAGAGGGAACAUGGAAGUAAUUGCUUGUGAGCUACGCAAUACCCUUGAAGAAGAAGGCUCACAGCGAAGAAUACUGGAGCUUCAGAAAGAAACCUAUGAGAAGGAGAUGCAGGAGCUGAAAGAGAAGGUUGCGGAGAAACAGGAUGAGAAUGACCAGCUGCAGAAACAGUUCCAAGCCGAGAGCCAAGCCAAAAACAAGUUGCGACAAGAAGCCUCGCGACUGAUUGCGGAAAACAUGGACUUUGAAGAACAGGUUGAUAUGAAAGACAGAUUGAUAAAGAAACUUCAAAAUCAAAUACAGGCCUUCCGGACUAUUGAGAAAGUAAAUCAAGUCCAAGAACCAGUUGCACCAAAGGAAUACCUCGGAAUGCUGGAAUACAAAAAGGAUGAUGAAUCAAGGCUCAUUAAAAACAUCAUUCUGGAUAUGAAGCCCAGAGGCGUGGUGGUGAACAUGAUCCCAGGCCUGCCAGCGCACAUCUUGUUCAUGUGUGUGAGGCAUGCUGAUUACCUCAACGACGCCGACCAGCUCAAGUCAUUGAUGAACUCAAUCAUAAACGGGAUUAAGCAAGUCAUUCAGGAUCACCCUGAGGAUUUUGAGACGUUGUCAUUCUGGCUCUCCAACACAUGCCACUUGCUGAACUGCUUAAAGCAAUACAGUGGGGAGGAGGAAUUUAUGAAAUACAAUAGUCCACAUCAGAAUAAGAACUGUCUGAAGAAUUUCGACCUGUCUGAGCACAGGCAGAUACUCAGUGACCUGGCCAUUCGCAUCUAUCAGCAGUUCAUCAACGUCAUGGAGAGCGGCAUUCAGCCAAUGAUUGUGCCAGGAAUGCUGGAGCACGAGAGUCUCCAAGGUAUUUCCAGUAUGAAACCUACAGGAUUCCGCAAGCGUUCCACCAGUAUCUAUGAAGACACAGAGGUGUAUACCAUCUCCAGCAUCCUGCAGCAGCUGGGCUACUUCUACAGCACCAUGUGUCAACACGGCAUGGACCCGGAGCUGAUCAAGCAAGCCGUGAAGCAGCUCUUCUAUCUCAUCACAGCCGUCACGCUGAACAGCAUCUUCCUCCGGAAAGACAUGUGCUCCUGCAGAAAGGGAAUGCAGAUCAGGUGUAACAUCAGUUACCUGGAAGAAUGGCUAAAGGAGAAGAAUCUUCAGGGCAGCUGUGCCAUAGACACAAUGGAGCCUCUUUCUCAGACGGCCUGGUUACUUCAGGUCAACAAAUCAACAGACGAGGAUGCCAAGGAAAUAUGUGAAAGAUGUUCUGGGCUUUCUGCUGUCCAGGUAGUAAAGAUUCUCAACUCGUACACACCUAUAGAUGAUUUUGAGAAGAGGGUAGCUCCAUCAUUUGUACGCAAAGUUCAGUCCAUUUUGCAGGGGAAUGAGGGCUCUGCACAGCUGAUGCUGGACAGCAAGUAUCUCUUCCAAGUUACCUUUCCUUUCAGUCCCUCUCCACAAGCACUGGAAGUGAUCCAGGUUCCCAGCAGCCUCAAAGUGGGAUUCCUAACUCGAAUCUGAAGGCCCUGGAAAAAAGACAGGAUAUCAGAAAAGGAAUGGGUGUUUUUGUGCCACUUUGUAAACACACAACAUUUCACUUGUUACAACCCUCUGGUUUCAAGGAAGCAGAUAUGAACUUUCAAUAUUUUGUAAUGAUGGAACUGAAAUACAGUACAUGAACCAUUUGUAUGCACAUUUGUACUAUUGAUUGUUUUUCUGUUUGCUAUUUAAGUUUUAUAUAAAAUUGCUUUAAUAACGCACUGUAAUUACAACACUUUUUAGAAAGCUGCUAAAGGUUUUUGCUAUAGUUGUGUAUUUAGAUUUGUCGUAUUUACAUCUGUAACGGCAGUGCAAAUACAAAGUAAUGAAUGUGUUUUUUGUUGCUGUUUUACAACUGGAUUUUACAUGCCUACCUACAGCAAUCACAGUUCAUGCCAAAGAAAAGUGUUUCAAGCAUGUUGACUUGAACAAAUUCCAUAUAAAGACCAAUUCACGCAGAAGAUCUUGGCUAUUGUGGCUCAGGCUGUUCAUUUGAAAAAGUACAGAAGACUUUAUCAACUAUGAAUGUUUCUAAAGCUAUACAUUUUGCAUAGUACUAUAUGUUGCUGGUACAAAAAUACAACCACAAAAACUGCAUUGACAUUCAUUGUGAGGAGUCUCCAGCCAAAAAAUGAAUAAUAAUGUUUUGUCUGGAAAACAUCACAAGUAAACUGCAAAGGACGAGUUUAUUAUAACAGGCUGCUGAACACUGACAGACAGGUAAUAAUGGAAUAGUCUAAAUGCAACAUUGUUAAAAAAAAAAAAAAAAAAAAAAAAACUUUUUGUAUUAUUUUUAAAAAAUGUAACAUAUUUGAAUGGGCAGAUCAAAAAUCUAACUCCGCAGUUUUCUAUUGUUUUUAAAUGGUAUAACAUUUUAAUGAAAAGAUAAUAAAAAUAACUGCCCAGUUUCCUUUUAUUUUCUGCCUUUAUGUACACAUUGUUUUAAUACAAAAUAGGAGCACCUUAAUAACUGACAGUAACUGGUGUCUGGAUGCGCUAUUUGCAAACUAUUCAUGUAUUAACUGGAUUUUGUUCUAGAUUGUGUCCUAAUAGGUAUUUAUGAAACAAUAUGUGAGACAGGGCUGCCACUGGAUACCACAACUAGCCACAAUCUGAAUAUAUAUAUAUAUAUACAUGUGUGUGUGUGUGUUAAUAGUUAUUAUGACAAACUACAGUAUAUACCAAAUAUUAAAUCCAAAAUGAUUGCUUUUUCACUCUCCAAUCCAUUGUGCUGUAAU